UUCUCAAUAAAAAAGAGCACUUGGAUUCUCGGGGAACAGUUACCUAAUAUAUCUUCUUUAUUAUAAAAAUACACUUAUAUAAGAACAAUGCCUUCAAUUUCGCAGUAAGUAAAAAUCUUCUGAACAUUAUAAAAUUUGUAACGAUUGCGUUAGUUUGACAAUAUAUCCAAAAUUGAUCAUGAUACACCUACAUAUAUGCAUUAAUUAAUCUGUCACUUCUAGGAAUCGAGGGUGAGGUACACAUACUUUGAACAAUGGAUUGUAGGGUUACAAUAUUGGCAUCUGGCUGUAUCCUCUUUGGGCUCUCUCAGAGGAUACAGCGUUUUUUUUUAAAGUCCUAUUAUGCUAAAGUGAUUGAAACCGACAUUUGUUGGUGUAAGGGUUCUGCACAAUGUCUACGAUAAAUAAUAAAUUGAUAGCAAAGAGCUUUGAAUAAAAUGGCGCAUUUAGUAAAGAUUCAAGGAUACUCUUAGGGAGGCAAAUCAAAGUGUAAGAUAAUGCAAAUAGGCAAACAGAAGUACGUUAGAGUAGACGUUCAAUAACUGCAACAUUGUUGCUUUCUACUUAGCGAACGAAAUUCGAUAACUGCAACGUCGGGCAGACGUCAAAAAUCGAUCAACAAGAACACCUCUCGAUCGUACAAGCAUUAUGAUACAGUAGGUACAGGCAUUCAGUGCAACAGUUAUGGAAAAUCUAGGAUUAUGAAUGAAAGCUCCAACAGAGAAAAGGUAACAUUCUCGCUUGAUCCACAUUGGGGAUGCGAAAUCUUUAUUCUACCUGGUGAUUCUGAAAUUUUGACUUAUUUUGAUGGAUUUGUUUGACAAGUGCUAAGCUCCUCUAACCGAUCAUCUCUGUAAAACCACUGCCUUUAAAAUGUACACCAAUGUGAUUCGGAAGAUUAUUUGUCGGGAAGUUGUGGUUCGGAGCGAAAAGUUACAAUGAUCGUGUGCGACUAGCUAGGAUGAAUUUUUGAUAUUACCAUCGUAUCACCUAUGAGAAGCUGUUUCAGCACUGGAUGCUUUUCAAGUUGCUAAUAUACUGGACAGACUAGAGGGCGUAUGUUAUCGUAGCUAGUAGUGGAAUCUGUUAUACUUACAUACUUAUCUCUGAAACAUCAUCCAUGAUUUGUACAAAAGUUUAUGCUAUGCUUUGCUAUGACAAAUAGCAUAGCAAAUAACACAACGGUAGUGCUGUUCCAUUCUGUAAAUUCCAAAGGUGUAAAUUCUAUUAUCGGGUCUCCAGUUAGUCUAGUGGUUAAGACUAUGGAUCGCCAAUCCGGAGACGGCGGGUUCGAUUCCCGUUCCAGUCGGGGAAAUUUCUCGACUUCCUGGGCAUAGUGUAUCAUUGUACUUGCAUCACUAUAUACAAAUUCAUGCGAUGGCAGGCAAAGAAAGCCUUUCAAUUAAUAACUGUGGAAGUGCUCAAAGAACACUAAGUUGAAGCGAGACAGGCCAAGUCCCAGUGGGGACGUCGAGCCAUAAAGAAGAAGAAGAAAUUAUGUUAUCGUAUACACAGUGUGUGCUACUGGGCCUACAGUUAGCCUAAUGGUUCAGGGUGUGAAUCGCCAAUCGAGAGACGGUGGGGUUCGAUUCCCGUUCGGAUCGGGACAAUUUUCUUGAUUCCCUGAGCAUAGUGUAUCUUUGUGCCUUCCUCACAAAAUACAAAUUCAUGCAAUGGCUGGCAAAGAAAGCUCUUCAAUCAAUAACUGUGCAAGUGCUCAAAGAACACAAAGUUGAAGAGAAGCAUAAAUAAGAAGUGAGUGGGAAGGGGAUGAAAGCUCAGGUAAAAUAUCGUCUGGGCGCCCAAUCAAAAACACCACCCCGGUGAAGAAUGGCGCUUGAACCUAUAGCUAUUCCCAAGUAACAAAAUUAAUUUUAUAAUGCUUUUGAAGUAUUCUUCAACACCUGUUCUUUAAAACCAUGCAUAAACCAAAUUGCUCUGCAACACGACAUCAACUCAACCAUAAACCCGCCAUAAGACCAAAGAGGCCCAUCCUAAGAUGCUCUUGGAGAGUUGUUUUUAAAUUUCUCUUAAAACUUGUUCUACUUCCCAAGUUGUCCUCAAGGCGAAUUGCUCUCUCCUUGUAGAAUUCUUCAAGUGCACGAUAAAACGAUAAUAAAUUUGUCAGUGUUGUUGCUGAUGCAGCUUUUAUGUCGACAGAAAAGUUUGGUGAAUUAAAUUGAAAUUAAAAACACAAUGAAUAUGACACAUUAUUGUAAUCGGGAUUAAUUUAUUACACAAAUUGGGAAUAUUUCCGUGGUGUAACAAGGAUACCAAAUGCCAAGAUAAAUUCAUCGUAUAUAAGUUGCAAGAUACUUCCAAAAAUUGCAACGCGCUUCCAUUAUAACGCACUAAUAAAAUAUUUAAAAAUAUUAUUCCUGGUCAUGCGAACAUUGCUCAUGAGUUUUCUGAACAUGGCUUCCAUUGAAAUUUAGGCCGGUGGUCGGUCCAUCAUCGAUGGUUUUAAUCAAAAUCACCAUAAGAUCGUCUUAAAUUUCUUUCAACUCAUGCCAGAGCUAAAAGCAUAACUCAAGAAUACUAGGAUUUAUAACGUUCUCAAUGCAGCCUGGUUGGCCUCCAUCCAGAACGUCUUAAAUUUAUUUCAUCUUAUGCAAGGGUAAGAAGUAUUACUCAAGAGUACUCAGGUUUAUAACGUUCUUGAUGUAGGUUUAUGCAAACUCUGCCAAGAACGUCAUAAAACAUGUACGCCAAAUUGUAAACAAACAAUAAAUUAUCGCACCGCGGUGGAUUUUGUAAAUCUUGUCCGAUGAAUUGAUUUAUCAGCCCGGUACCGUUGCCAACCUGGCAGACCUUUUUCGAUAAGCUGCCUUGAUGCGGUGCAGUGCCUCAUUCCUCCGGUCAGCACUUCCAACAGGUAAGUAGUUGUUGAUUUUGAAGAUCGAUGAUUGGAACCCCGAUUGCACGGGAAACGACGUCCUGGAUGACCAUACCCACCUCAUUUCGGAUGCUGCAACCGGAGGAACUUGGCACUGCACCGCGUUGCGGUUGGGUUUCCGGGUAGGUGUUCUUGAUUGGCAGCAAUAAUGGAACGAUGAGAAUCAAAAUCUGAUGCUUGAGUUUUCUCUUGUGUUUGAUUUGACGUGUUAAUACGAUUUCCAUCCAGCAGUGAGAAUCAAAAUGACUGAGACCGCCGUCGAAGUUGCCGCUGUGACUCCAGUGCUUGUCACACCAUCGAAGACCCCGAAGAAGUCCAAAGCCGCCAUGGCAAGCCGGAUUGUUAAGAAGCUGAACAAGCCGUCCACCCAUCCACCAGUGAAGGAAAUGGUCAUGGCCGCCAUCAUGCACCUGAAGGAACGUAAGGGAUCUUCUUUGCAGGCCGUCAAGAAGUAUAUCGGUACCAACUACGAGUGCGACGUGCUCAGGCUGAACACCUUCAUCUUGAAGGCUCUGAAAAGUGGCGUCGAAAAGGGUACGCUGAUCCAGACCAAGGGAACCGGGGCGUCCGGAUCCUUCAAGCUGAAGGAUAAAAAGGCGUCCGUUGAGAAAAAGCCCAACAAGGCUGUCGGAGAGAAAAAGAAGGCUGUCAAAAAGGUGGCGGACGAAAAGAAGGUCAAGAAGUCGGUUUCCAAGAAGGCGACAGGUGAGAAGAAAACCAAAGGAGCCAAGGCUUCCAAGGUCACCUCUAAGACCGGAACAGUGGCGAAGAAAGCUGCUGCUUCCAAGCAGAAGGCCACAAAACCGUCCAAGGUCGCUGCCAAGAAGCCAAAGACUCCGAAGCCGAAGAAAAUCGCUCCAGCUAAGAAAGCUGCUCCGAAGAUGGAGAUGGAGCUGCAAAUUAGCGCAGAGGAGGAAGCAGAGAAAAGUGCUUGGCAGGAGAAGAUGCUCCAGAAGAAGAGAGGUCAAAUCCUGCGGAUAAAAGCGAACCGGGAGUCGUUCGAGAAGCAGAUGGCGGACAUGGACAACGAGUUGGCGGGAUUCUCGGGCGUCAGGGUGGCAAAGCCGUCGUCGAAAAACUUUGUCGAUGAAAAUUCGGAUCGGCGUAGUUCCGAUUCAUCCAUGGAGAAACAGGCCAGGAAGAUCAUAGCGUCGAGAAACUGGGAGCAGGUCGACAGUGGAAGCCAAAACGGGCUGGGGCAGCAGCCCAGACCGACAAAGGCACAGCUGGCUGCCAGGCAGGGGCUAACGUACAAGCUCCCAAAAUUUUCUGGCAAACCAGCACAGUGGCCACUGUUUUACGCCGCCUACAAAGCGUCCAACGCAACAUGGCUACAUGGAUCACGAAAACCUGAUGCGACUGCAGGAAGCGCUCGAAGGUGAUGCUCUUGAGUUGGUAAGUGGUCAGCUUCUUCUUCCCGAAACCAUUCCAAGGGUCAUCGAGAAGCUGCGUCGCCAUUACGGCCGUCCGGAACAGCUGCUUGAAAGUCUGUUGGACAAAAUUAAUCGACUAGACCCUCCUCAACCGAA